AUGGGUCAACCUACCUUUGACAACAAGUCGCACGACCUGGCCGCUUCUGGCUUUGGAACAAGAGCAAUCCAUGCUGGUCACGUUCCUGAUGGCUUGACCGGCGCUGUCAUCCCCCCUAUCUCUCUGUCCACCACCUUCAAACAAACUGCUGCUGGUGUCCACAAGGGCUUCGAUUAUUCUCGAUCUGGAAACCCCACUCGCAACAACUUUGAGGAUGCCGUUGCCCUUCUUGAGGGAGGCAAACACGGUCUUGCUUUCAGCUCUGGCUCAGCUACUACUGCUACCAUUAUUAACAGCUUGCAAGCUGGAUCACAUGUUAUCUCCGUCAACGAUGUCUAUGGUGGAACUUACCGUUACUUCACCAAGGUGGCUGUCGGUAAUGGCGUCGAUACUACUUUUGUUGACUUGGCCAAUGCUGAUGAUAUUGAGCCUCACUUCAAGGAAAACACUAAGUUGGUUUGGAUCGAAACCCCGACAAACCCAACCCUGCGCAUUAUCGAUAUUGAAGCGGUGGCCAAACAUGCCCAUGCCCAUGGAGCUUAUCUCGUUGUCGAUAACACUUUCAUGAGCCCUUAUUUCCAGAAUCCCUUGUCAUUGGGUGCUGACAUCGUGGUUCAUUCCGUCACUAAGUACAUCAACGGUCACUCUGAUGUCGUUAUGGGAGUUGCUGUCACCAACGAUACUAGCAUUUACGAAAAACUCAAGUUUUUGCAAAAUUCUUUGGGAGCUGUUCCAUCUGCUUUCGAUUCAUUCUUGGCGCGACGUGGUUUGAUGACCUUAGAAGUUCGCAUGAAACGUCAUGAGGAAAAUGCCCUUCGUAUUGCCGAAUUUCUGUCAAAGAACUCUCACAUUGACGAAGUUAUAUACCCUGGAUUGUCGUCUCAUCCACAACACGAGCUUGCUAGACGUCAACAACGUGGCUUUGGAGGCAUGUUGUCCUUCCGUAUGAAAGGCACUCUUGACAAUGUGAAUGUUUUCCUUCAAAACCUUCAAUAUAUCACUCUGGCAGAAUCUUUAGGAGGAGUCGAAUCGCUCAUUGAAGUCCCUGCAGUAAUGACUCAUGGAAGUGUCAGCGAAGAAGACAGAGCUAAACUCGGAAUUACCGACACUUUGGUCCGAUUGUCUGUGGGCAUUGAAACCGCUGAGGAUCUGAUUAACGACCUUGCACAGUCUUUGGAUGCUGCAUAUUAA